AAUUUGAACGUACAAAGUGACAAUGGGAGGAGAUGGCGGCACGAUCAUCAGCAGGAGAAACUGCAUGCGCUUCAACAAUAAGAAGAAAGGCAAAGAAAUCAGCAGAGACAUGGAGAGAACACACAAGUGGCUACACUGUGCACUGUCUCAGGAGCGACUUAAGAAGCCGAUUGUUGGCUGUAGACUAGGUAGACUCUACAACAAGGACAGACUACUCGAGUUUUUACUCGACAAGAGCAGUAGAGGCACCUUGAAGAACAUGGCUCACAUCCGAGGUCUAAAAGACGUGAAGACAGUCAGUCUGAACGAGAACAGCGAGAGUACAGGCGAACCCCUGAAGAGCGAGUGCUCCACUGUACCUCAGGUGUUUCCGUUCUGCUGUCCCAUUAUGGGUAUGGAGAUGAAUGGAGUGUACAAGUUCGCUUUCCUGUGGAACUGCGGCUGUGUCAUGGCCGAGAAAGCUAUCAGACAACUGCAAAUAUCUAUGUGCCCAAAUUGCGACGCGUCUUUCACAUCUGAAGACGUAGUUAUAGUUCACGCCGAGGGCGAAGACCUCCAACUGAUGCAAUCCAGACUAGAAGACAAACUAGCCCAAGAAGCUUCGAAAAAAGAAAAAAAGCGGGCAGCCUCUAAAAUGGACCCUUUCUCUAAGGAAUCGUCAGACGGUCAAUCAGUGGGUGUUGAUAAGAAGAAGAGCAAAACCUCAGUUAAAAAUGGACCUCUUAACACAGUUGAGAUGAAACAAAGCAAUUCGUUCAAAUCUCUAUUUCACACUAACGACAGCCGUCAGAAACUGGACCCGAACAGAGGCUUCUGGUCCGAGACAACUCACUCGUACUUUUUCAAAGGAACUUAAUUUGAAAACGGUUGAUGAAUUUUUGACUAGAUUUAAUGUGUUUAAAACCCGAAAAUGAAUGUUUGCGGAAUUUUUUUUCUUGCGUGCAGA